UCCGGCGGGCGUGUUGUUGUUGUGCCGCCGAGCCCCGCCACGCGCCGCCGCCGCCGCCGCCCGCCUUCCCUCCAGCCGAGCAGCGGGGCCGAGGCGCCGCCCACCCGCCCACCACCAUGAAGUCCAAGACGAGGAUCGUGCAGAUAUCCAACAUCGCCCCGCAGGCCACCAAGGACCAGAUGUCCACGUUAUUCGGCUUCAUCGGCAAGAUCGAGGACAUCCGCCUCUACCCCACCAUUCGCGAUGUUGCCAUACCAGUCCAGUCUCGUAUUUGUUUUCUCAAGUUCCAUGACCGGGACUCAGUGUCGGUGGCGCAGCACCUCACCAACACCGUCUUCAUCGACCGUGCCCUCAUCAUCAUCCCCUUCACCCUGGGAGACAUGCCUGACGAGCAGCGCGCCAUGGAGAUCCUGGGCACCGGGGGAACCAUUCCAGGAAUCGGACCUGAAACCAAGUGGCCAGCACACGUCACGAACCAGAUUGAAGGCAUAGCGCUGAGGACAAUUGAUCCUAACUUGGCUGAAAAUGAUCUGCCAGACUAUCCACCAUUGCCGGCCACCACAGAGUCCCACAAGAUCAAUGACAUCCGCCGCACCGUCGUGUUUGACAACCUUGCCGCAGAUAUCAACUCUGACCAGCUACUGGAGUUGGCAUCCAAGGCAGGGGAGGUGCGGUAUGUUCGGCUUGGCGUGGAGAUUAAUGGCUCUAAGAAUGCCCUGGUGGAGUACUCUGAGCAGCCGUCCAUCAUCCCUGCCCUCAAGCUGCACCAUCUGGAACACAUGAGCAAGCAGAUCAAGGUAAACCAUUCAACAGUGGCCAUUGUGAAGCCCCAGACUAAGAGCAAUGAGGCUGCACAGAGGGAGAUUGAGGAAGCCAUGAGGAGGGUGAAAGAGGCACAGAACUUCAUCGCCUCAGCCAUCGACCCUGUCAUGUCCUUCCUUGACUCAUCGGUGAAAGAAAAGAGAUCUCGCUCCAGAACAAGGUCAAGGUCACGGUCACGGCGGCGCACCAGGUCACGUUCCCGACGCUCUAAGUCUCGGCGGACGCGCUCUCGCUCCCACCACCGCACCCACUCAAGAUCCAAGUCAAGGGAUCGCCACCGACGCUCCCGCAGCCGCUCCCGCAAGAAGAGGUCAUCAUCUAGGUCACGCAGGAAGUCUAGAUCCAGGUCUCGGUCAAGAAGAAAAUCCCGCUCAAAGUCCAGGUCAAAACGCUCCCGAUCCAAGUCCAAGAGCAAGUCCAGCUCUUCCCGCAAGGACAAGACUAGCAGCAGCAGCAAGAACAAGGACAAGGACAAGGACAAGGACAAGGACAAGGACAAGGAGCGUGACAAGGACAAGUCCAAAGAUAAGGACCGGGACAAAGACAAAGAAAAGGACAAAGAUAAAGAGAAGGAGAGGAAGAAGGAAGAGAAGAAGGUGGAUUUAAAGAUGGAGGUGAUCGAGGAACCAAAGGAAGAGGGACAAGAGAAUGGAACAAAAGAGGUGAAACAGGAAGUGCAAGUGGAAGAGAUGAAGAAGGAAAGUGAAGACCAAGAGGCAGGCCAGGAAAAGGAGGCAGAAACAAUCAAAGAGGAAGAAAAAGACAAAGAAGUGGAGAAGGAAAAGGAGAAGGAGAAGGUGAAAGAUAAAGAAAAGGAUAAGGACAAAGAAAAGGAGAAAGACAAAGAUAGAGAAAAGGAUAAGGAUAGGGGAAAAGAAAAGGACAGGGACAAAGAAAGGGACAGGGAGAAAGACCGAAAAAAAGAGUCAAGCAGUAAGUCAAAGCGAUCUAAGUCCCGCAGUCGCUCUAGAGAACGAAAGAGCCGGCGCAGCAGGUCAAGAUCACGCUCCAAGAGGUCAAGGUCGAGGUCUCGUUCAAAGAGUCGCACCCGCUCCAAACGGUCACACAAAUCCAGGUCGAGGUCAAGGUCCCGGCGCAGGUCACGCAGCAAGACGCCACGCUCCCGCCACUCAAGAGACCGCCGUGGCCGUUCCCACGAGCGUUCCAAGAGGAGAUCACGCUCGUCCUCCAGGUCCAAGUUGGGGAAGACCAAAGAUAAGGAUACCAGUAAAAAGAAAGAUUCACACCGCGACCGUAGCCGCAGCCGUGAACCUAAGGACCGGGACAAGGACAAGCAGAGAGACAAGGAUCGUGACAGGGACAAAGAGAAAAAGGACAAGAAGAGGGACAAGAAGGAUAAGGAAGAAAAGAAAAAAGAUUCAAAGGUGUCCCGAGACUAUGAUGAAGAGGAACAGCUUGGCUUUGACGGUGAGGAGGAGAAGGGAAAGAAGAAAGAGAAGGAAGAGGAAGACACCAAGGACAAGGGGGAGACAGUGGAUAUGGACAUAUCUGAUUCCCCGUAACUGACCUGAGGGUCGCAAUGCUUUUAUGGGCAGAAAGAUCUUAUCCCCAGGAACUAUCAUAAACAUUUUUUUUUUUUCUUUAGCUUAUUUACACUGUUAAUUUCACCCUCUGUUACCACAGCUAUACUAGUUGCAAGGUAUCUUGAAAGUGUGUGUAUGCUCUUGUUUGUGACUGUGGGUUUGUCCAUUAGAGCAGGCAUUAUUUAUGCCACGCUGCUUAAUGGUCUGUUAUGCAAUUGGAAAGUGUGUGUGUGUGUGUGUGUUGGAAAUCAAGGGCUCAAGGUACUGGACCUGUGGCAUUCAGUUUAGAUUGAGGAAAGGAUGUCUCAAGGGAUUUAAAGUUGUCUGAAAUAGACAUUCGGAUAAUAGCAUAUGUUCUUACCUUGCCAUCUCCACUAAGGGAGUCUGAACAAGUCAGUAUUACAGUGUGUGUGAUCUGAUACUUAAAACUGAAAUGUCAGAAAUUCUUUCUCUGAAUUUUUUGUUGAAAUAUGUUCUUAAAAACAUAAUUAGAGUACAAUUGUAUUAUGCUUUAGAUUGUGUGUGUACGCAGUCUGUAUGUUUACGUGCUGCUCAUGCAUGCACACACAUAGCUGUCUGCAUGCACCUUCUUUGUAUGUGUGACUUGUAUGGGGCAAAUAAUGUAUGUGGGAAAACAAGAUGUACAUCCUUAAUUAGCAUCAGGUACUAUAGCCCUCACGUGUGUGUGUGUGUGUGUGUGUCAUUUCAUGUUCACACUGAAAGAUUCAGUAGAAUAAAUGUUAAAAGUU